GAACACAAUCUCAUCCGUCUUCCUCUUCCCCAUCAGCCGCCCUACCGAGUCUUCGCACGCACGACGCUUCGUCAGGAUCGAUUCGCGAGACCUCUCCUGUCCGGAUCGAGGUUCAUGGUUUACAUAUGCGCGUUUGUUUACUGAUGCAUACCACGACCACCUGAUCCGGAUGUCAGGACAGAUCUCCUGCUUUAAUCGAGUCCAGUUCAUGUAUGAACUCUCCCUUUUCCUGGCACGUUGCUAGAUGUAAAAGGGUGUUCCGGGAUUUAAGAGAACCACCCACGCAUCCAUGUCUGACCAGCAAAGGCACUACGGCAGCUACGAGCUCCUCCCGGCUCACCCAGAUUUGCGGUGCCUGGUCUGCACGCGGCCGUUCACUCUUGACGCCGAGGUCACCGACAGCUUGGAAGCUUUAGCCAUAUGCAGGGAGUGCAAGACGACGGUGCUUAGUGACAGCAACAGGGACGACACUCCCCGAGCCAACCGACAGAGAAGAUGGCGAAGGCAGCAAAGCUCCAUCAGGGGGGUCUCGGUGUUCUCGCAGCUGAUCAACCUAGCUAGACAACAGGGUCAUGAGGCGGACACUGAUUCUCCGACGGUUCCCCGCCGCCACACAUCCUAUAGUUCUACGCCGAGCCGGUCCCAGAGGGGGCACACUUCCGACGACGAGAGCGAUGGUCUGAGCUACGCCGAUUCCGUGUUUGGUGAGAUCGAGUCGAACAUCAGUUUUGGUGAUGAGGGUGGGGAAUCUGACACUUCUCUUGAUCGCCACACCAUGGUUGGGAGGGAAAUUGGCAUACAGCUUGACAAUGAGAGCUACAUGAACACAGAUACAGAUAUUGAUCCUAUGAAUGCUGGAGUAUACCAGUGGGACUCAGACGAUCCUGAAGACGAUGAAGAUGAGGAGUCAGAGGAGUCUGGUUUGGAUGAAGGAGAUGACACCAUGCAGGAGCGCCGGCAGCAGUGGCAUGAUAUCGUCCCGAGUGGAUUGAAUGAGCAGGAAUCUGAAGGUGCUGCAUGGACUUGGAGAACAGUUGGAAGCCAAGACAUAAACAGGACUGAUCUGAGAGUCGACAUGGAAGGACGGGAAAUCAGGAGACUUUUUAUUGGGAACCCCGGAGAUUAUGUUGAUGCAAGACAGUUUGAAAUGCUUCUCGAGCAAUUCGCUGAUGAGGAUAACAAUUCCAGAAGAGGAGCUCCACCUGCAGCGGCAUCUUCCAUCGAAAAUCUUUCGUCUGUGGUCAUCUCCAAAGGCUAUGAGAUAAACGGUGGUGUAACCUGUCCAGUCUGCAAAGAUGACAUGCCUAUCACCACUGUAGCAAAACAGCUACCAUGCAUGCAUCUCUAUCAUUCAUCUUGCAUCUUGCCAUGGCUUAAUUCUAGGAACACAUGCCCAGUUUGUCGUUACGAGCUUCCUACAGAUGACUCGGAAUAUGAGAGGUCCAAGCAUGCCGCGGUCAAUGAAGGAGGUAUCCAUGGGGUGGAGCGUACCCAUCCGCAGGAAGUUGUUGAAGAAACUUAUGAACCUGAGGUUGAUGGAGGUUCCAAUACAGGCGGUGAUACAAUGAAUGAGACUAAUACACAUGAACAGCAUACUGCACAGCAGCCAAAUGGAGCACAUGGGCGUCAUAGAUGGCUGUUUAUUGCAGCAGCUCCAGUUGUAAGUCUUGUCAGUUUAGCUCUAGUUUUGUGCUUCACCAAUCCUGCUGGCAAUGUUAGGAGGCAAUUGUGCCGUAGGUCCCAGACUACCACUACGGCACAUGUAGACACAAGAAGAAGUUGGUGGUCUAUGUUCUAAGUAACCAGUGUUUACUUGCUGAUGCUGAAUUUCUGUGUGAUGGCGUGUGCUUGUUGCCACUUGCCAGUGUUGUGUCAAUUAUGUAUGAAAAGGUUCUAGAUAAAUUUGAAGUGCAAACUGUGUGUGCCAA